GCGCAACAGCAGUCGGGGCCUGGGCAGCAUUUGUGAAUGUUGGUGGACGUUAAUGUGGAUGUGAGUUAUACAACCGAGAUAGACGACUGACAGCUGUCUGGCUGGGAACUGAGAGAGAGCACAUAAUCUGACUAUUAGUUAACUACUAUAAUAAUUAUCAGGCCAAAGUAUUAUCAGUGCAACGGUGCAGCGAUCAUUGACGACGCCGACUUAAAGGGCGGACGCAGGGGGAGAAGUGACGAAGGGGAAGGCAAAGAGGAGCAGCAGAAGGCAGAGGGAGAGUACACCACAAUGUCAUCAUUUGAGAUUCGCCAAAUCCAACGCCAUUACUGCAAAAACAGUAUUACAACGCAGACGAACAGUUGAAUGCUGUUCUCUUUGAGGUGCGCACAAUUUCAGGAGCAAGUUGUGACUAGAGAAUAUUACGACACACACAGCGGCAAGCGACAACAAUUAGUAGUAAUUUGCAAAAACAGCAACAUAGAAAAUAAUUAAUUUUGUCAUUCACGGAAGACACAAAAUGUUGACCACGGACAAGUGCUCAUCAGGUUCCCCAAUGCCGAUCAUAGUGAGCAGCUGCACAAGGGCAACGAAAUCUCAAUGUCAUGCUAUAACAACGGCAUCCGAGCAUAAUAUACACCUAUCGCAACAGCACACAGGACCACAACAUUCUCAUUGUCAUUCCCAACCCCUUCAGCAUCCUCAUUCACAUGCUCACUCGCAUCCACAUUCUCAUUCAGUACAUCAGACCCAUAAGCAUCCAAUUCCAAUUAUCAGGAAAUAUUCAGCGGAUGCGCCACGCCGAGAUCUACAUGAGCUACUUCUGGAGAUAUUGGAUGUACUGCUCUCCUGCCUUGUCGUUGCACCCUGUGUGAUCGCCUACUGGCGGGGUACCUGGGAACUCAUGGGAGUCCUUCUCAUCCCCAGUAGCUUGCCAUUAUCGGCACUAGCCUCUUUUCUAAUUGGAGGCCUGGGACACUUUAUAUUUAUCGUCACUCAGGACUUUUUCAAGGAUCACAUACAUCCGGAUAAGCGACGACUUACAUACUAUGCCAUCUCGCGGAUUUACACCGCCGUCUUUGGUAUUAUUUGUGUCAACAUGUGGCGCGGGUCAUGGAUGCUCUGCGACUGGCUGACAAGCAUAGAUUCCUUGGUCAUCAUCUCAGUGGUAACGUUAAUCGCACUGCUCUUUUUGGUCGGCACUCGAACGCUCCGAAAUCUAGGCGCAGCUCCCUACACAGUAACCAUGGAUCACAAAAGCGACUAUUUCGAGGUGGACACAAUGUUCAAAAUAUCGGGUUUCAAUCAACCUGGACUUUAUCUGUUAGACACCUUAUUCUCUGUCUUUGUAAUUGGUACCUUAGUAGUAAUUGCGUGGCGAGGUCUCUGGGGAAUCUUUGACCUAACCUUGUUUCCGCAGGACAAAGCGAAGUCUGCCUGGGGUUCACUGCUGAUAGGUUACCUAACUGUUUUUGUCACCUUUAUUAUUCAACCAUUAAUGCGCUACGUUUGCCGUCGUAUUAAUGGCAUCCUCAAGUUAAUUAUUUGCGAUAUUUACUAUUUAAUGAUCUUUUUUGGAGCGGUUAAUGCCUGGCGCGGAAUUUGGAAUCUGCUCGAUGUUUACCUGUAUCCCGACGAUCGUAUUUUGAGCUUCUGGAUUACGCACGUCAUUCCAUUUUUACUGCUCGCCGCUCUGAAGUGUUCCAACUCCAUUCUGGUGCGAGGAGUGUUCAUUGAUGCUGAGGGAUCCGGCGCUGACUGUGUCCUUAUACCGAUUAACUACGUUCGCUUGCAUUUUCUACGGGAACGUCGCAAGAAGGUAGAGUCUGCGCAGUAUCGCCAUAGUAGUCACGCUGGCCAUUUCGAGCCACCAGAUUAUUACCUGAAGUCAGAACACGCAACGCUGGCAAAACAUUUGGAAAAGGACAAGGAGGCACAACACAAUCUUAUAGAGAAACCGCAAAAUGCGACACAGAUCAUUUAAAGGCUGAAUUUCAGUCAAUGACUAAUGAUAUUGCUUCAUAUUUAACUAAUUACGCUCGUUUAAACUUUAUACUAAAUAGAGACUAGCUGUUAAACUAAUUUUAUAAGGAUCAACUUAAUUGUUACACAAGAAUCGAUAACAAUGUUUGCUGGAGCAAGCAUACUUAAAGGUCUGGUCUGGCCUGGCUUGGCCUUUGCCUGGGUUAUGAGCAUUUAGACAAGGGUCAUAACCAGCUCCAACUUGUAUAUAUAGUAGUACUGUACAAAAUAAUUACUACGUGUAUACUCGGAAUAGACCGUAGUGCGUACUAUAUAAUGUUAAAUAUGUGAAUGUAUGUUCAAAGAAAUGUGCAUUUGUUCUAAUUUGUUUUAUGUUUCGAUUUCAUUUUAUAUAUAUGUAAGUACUAUAUCGUAAAUUGAAAUUAAGAUUUCGCUUUCAACACACAUGUAGUGCAUUCAUCGAAAUAAUUGUAAAUACAAAACAAAUAUGCAAUAUGUGGUCUAUUUUCUUGUCUGACACCUUAUAAAAGGUCAGCUGUAGACCUUAAAAUGUUUAAUACUUAAGAAAUUCACUAUUAAAAACAAUAAAAUGUGGAGGUCAAGGUCGUCUACCCGACUCUCGACCAAC